AUGUCUGGAUGGCUAAUCGGGCAAGAGUGCUUUGAUGAAGGAUUCCUCGCCGACUCUAGCGCUUGUGGCUUCCGGUCAGCUCAGACUUUCUAUCCAUACACGGACAUGACCAGCGUCGCACGCGCCACGCACGGAGGAACGAUUUGGACCUUGUCUAUAAGUUUAGCCCAGGGGCGUCAUUUCGAAACUUGUUGUCCGAAUCAAGACCAUUCCAUCAAACACAAGAGUAAGAGGUCCCUGUUCUCUCACGCUGACAUAACAUCUUCGGCUGUCAAAGUCAAGAUCGAACAACUAAACACCCUUGAGAUGCCCGAGGCGCAAGAACUCGUCGGGUACAUCCAUCCUCUUGGUAACAAUCUUGGCAACACUCUCGAUGAUACAGUAUCAUACGAUCAAGAAAUAGACUCACUCCCUGUUGAUCUUCGACCUAGCUGUCCGAAUGGUAAGAGUUUAACCCCCACAACACUAUUUCACCGCACGACCCACCUAGCAUUAAACAUGCCUGCACUGAGCGCUUUACAUCGACUGGCGACAAAUGCUCAUCAAACGAAAAGGAGGCUAGACGCCCGCAGAGAGCUCAAAGUCUACUCGAGCCGGUUUCAAACGAUGUUCUUGGUUGAUGACAGUGAAUCAAUGUCCAGAAAUGACUUGUGGAGUGAAGUAACGACUCCACUAAGUACCUUUCUACUGCAUGUGAUUCGAUUCAAGUCCACCGACUGGAAAAUCAACGUCAAUCGGCCUUCGCGUCCAACAUCUUCUUACCCAAUAGCUUACACUUCAUUCAAAUCGGUCGAGAAAGAUACGCUACAACCAUUUUUAACAAACUGGAUCUUGACACCAAAGCUCGAUGCGCUAAGACAAGAGAUAUAG